AUGGCAAGCGCGUCCGGGUACAACUACCACCGCUUCGCGCGUGCAGUCCUCAAAAAAGCCCGCAAGUGGGAGCCAUCCCUCAGCAUCCAGCUUUACCCCACCCACUGGCGUUUUGAGAACAGUGAAAUCAACUUUCUCUACGAUGGACCCAUGAAGCCGUUCCUCCUGGCGCUUCGCGCGCAGGUCAUCCCCGCCGCGCUCAUCCCUUUCCUGUAUGACAUUCGUCCGCCAGUCUCGUUUGUCGAUGGGUGUCUAGUAGUGGAACUACAAGAUUUCCGCAAAGUGCCAGAAGUUCGGAGCAGGGUGGUCAUGCGCCCUGCACCCGAGACCUUACCGAUGACGAUCGACAUCAUGCUCGCGCGACGACAUGAGAACUGGGAGGACAACAGUGUGCUGGAACUCGAGUCGAGGAUUAUGGCUGCAACGUCUGCGCCUCUAUAUCUCGGCACCUCGAUUCUUGCGACCCGCAACGCCGCGCUCUCACUCGCGCUUACGGCGCCGGCAGAACCCAACAUGGCUGCGGACGGCACAACUCGCCCUGCCCUCACGAAUGGCGAGGAGGAAGUCAACGAGUUCGAGUCCAUGCGCAAGCUCAUGGGUACGGGUACACGUUCGGGUGGCGCGUUCCAGCCCAACUGGUCCAUUUUACGGCUCAAGGAGCGACUCGCCGCCCACGCAAAGCAAAAGGAAGCCGAGGCAGCCGCCCGCGCUGCAGGAGCUCGUGCUGGUGGCCCUCAAGCCGGUGCAGACGGUAACGCUGCUGCCGCUGCCAACCCCGCCGCCGCCGCUGCAGCUGUCGCCGCAGGAGCAAGUGUCGCUCCAGCCCCCGGUACCGCUGCGGCUGCGGCUGCAGCGCCGGCUACCGAGGAGAAGAAGAAGAGCAAGAAGAAGCGUCCUGCUCCAGCCGCCGAUACCGCUACCGAGGAUCCACCCAAGCCGAGUAAGAAGAAGAAGGCAAGCGCGGCUGCGGCCGCUGCUGCUGCUGCUGCCAAAGCUGAGGAGGAGGAGAAGGAGAAGGAGAAGCCCAAGAAGAAGGACGCGCCAAAGAAGAAGAAGGCUGCGCCGAAAAAGGACAAAGAGGCCAAGUGA